AUGAGCAGAUUAGUAGAAAAAACAAUUAAAACUGCAAUGGUGACUGGUGCCAGUAGUGGAAUUGGACUAAGCACAGCUAAAUACUUUUGUGAAAAAGGAAUAAGAGUAGUUGCUAAUGGAUUAGAUAAAAACAUUUAGGGCUUUAAGCAUGAUUUACUUCAAUAUAAUCAAAUUGAUCUCGCAAAUGAGAAGGAGAGAAUAGACUAUCUUAAAAUGGUUUCUAGUUAACAUUAAGGAGUUGAUAUAUUAGUAAAUAACGCUGGAAGAUUUGAUUACCUUUCCAUAGAAGAUACUUCAAUGGAAAUAUUUUAAUCCCAAAUUGAAAUCAAUUUAAAGGCUCCUCUUGCUUUAAUACAACACUUUCUACCUUACAUGAAAAAAUAAAAAUAUGGAAGAAUAAUUAAUGUCGCAUCUUAGAAAGGUAUAAAAGGUGGUGCUUACCAUUCUGCUUACUGUUCUACAAAGCAUGGAAUAGUUGGUUUAACAAAAGCUGUUGCUUUAGAGCUAGCAUAAGAAGGAAUAACUUGUAAUGCAAUAUGUCCUGGAUGGGUAUCAACUCCUCCUGUUAUGGGAGAAAUAUAAAAAUUAGCAUAAUAAAAUAAAAUUUCUUUAGAAGAGUAAGUCAUCUUAUUUUUAAAAGACAGGAAGGCUGCUAAUACAAUUCUAACAAAGCCUGAAGAUAUUGCUGCCUCUAUUUACUUUUUAACAACAGAUUCUGCCUCUUAAAUUACAGGAACAACUUUAUCCCACGAUUCAGCAAAUUCAGCAGAUUGA